AUGUCUCCACCUCAAUCCCCAAAUUCAUCUAGGGAUCAAGUUCGUCCUUUGGCACCUUCAUCCCAUCGUAUACACGUAGAAAAUGAAGAAGGCAUUAAUUACACGUCCACGUCCACAUCCAGUACAGAGUUAGCAAAAAAACGACGUCGUAGGAGGUGCAUCAAAUGUUGCGGUUGCUGCGGAGUUACGACAAUAAUCGCAGGUAUCGUCAUCUUGAUUCUUGCGCUCACCGUUUUCAAGGUAAAAGAACCUAAGAUAUGGAUAAACUCGAUCAAGUUCGAGGGGUUGAGUGCCCUCACUAGUAGUUCCAAUCUUCAAACCAACGUGAAUAUUACGGUCACUGCUGAUAUUUCCAUUAAAAAUCCUAACGCGGUCUCGUUCAAGUUUAAAGCUGCAACCGCUACUCUCAUUUACAGCGAUAGAGUCAUCGCGGAUGCCCUGGUGCCACCAGGGUCUGCCAGGGCUCGACGGACGUUCCGGAUGAUCAUAAAGGUCACAAUUAUGGCUGAGAAAUUAGUGGGAAUUCCCCGGCUAACGAGUGAUUUGGUAAAAGGGGAAUUGCCUAUAAGUAUGUCCACAAAUAUUAAUGGAAAGGUCAACUUGGGUUUGUUUAAGAAAAAUGUUCGUAUAAGGAUGAAUUGUAAUAUGGUGGUAGAUUUACAAAGCCAGGAUGUUAAGGACAUGAAUUGCGAAAGGAAAGUUUCUCUCUAG